AUGAGUACACACUCGGAAUCGUCUGACAGUCCUGUAACGGCACCAUCAACUGAUUGGGUAAACUUGGGAGCUCAGCUGAAUGAAGUUUUGAAUAAAUUUAAUGAGCUGGGCAUGGAAAUGACGGCCCAACGGCGCGUAAUUGAUCAAUUGGUAACCAGUGGUGCUAGCGGUGAGCAACACGAGCCCUUACCCCCUGGUCAAUCUGAACCUCAACCAAUAUUCUUACCGUACACUCAAACCUCUGCUACUUCACAAGUUAUAAACCCACCUGAAGAAGCCUUUACCUAUCCAACUCAUGGCCCACCACCUACUUAUGUACCUAACAUCCAAAUUAACCCUUCUCAUGCCCAAAUCCCCCAAAGUUAUCUGCUAAUUACUAUGAGCAUGCCAUUUGCACCACAGGGGCCACAUUGUUACUCCACUGCUGAGCCAUUCACCCUACAUACCGCCGUCCAAGGGAAAGCUGAAAUUGGAGAGUCAUCCGUGCCAGUGGACAAGAAUUUACUAAAGAGAUUAGAUCGGUUUGAGGAGUUCAUAAGAAAAACUCAAGGUUUGAGUAAGUCAGGGGGUCUAGACUACGACGAGCUGUGCUUGUUUCCGGAUAUGCAAUUGCCGGUAGGUUUCGAAGCACCCAAAUUUAUCAAGUACAACGGAACCGGCAAUCCCAAGACCCAUCUUCGGAUGUUUGCAAAUAAAUUGGGGAGACCAAUAGAUGAUGAGAAUCUGCCCGUGCGCUUAUUUCCUGAGAGCCUAGAGGGCGAUGCGUUGGAUUGGUAUUCCAACUUGAAGCCUGAGGACAUGAGGUCUUGGAUGGAUUUGUCAACCGCUUUUGUAAGGCAGUAUGAAUACAAUUGCGAGCUCGCUCCAACGAGGACUACACUUGAAGGAACUAAAAGGAAGCCAUCUGAGGAUCACAAGACGUAUGCAAAAAGAUGGAGGAAAUUGGUAGCCAAGGUGGAACCCCCUAUGACUGAAGAUGAAAUUGUGCGUACAUUUAUUAAAGCUCAUGACCCGUCCUAUUUUGAGGAGAUUUUUCGCAUGACUGGAUGCUCCUUCGCAGAAAUUGUUAAUAAAUUGGAAGAGUAUGAUGAGUUUAUAAGAGCAGAAAAGAUUGUUAAUGUGUCAGCUCUGAAAUCACAAUUGGAAGCGAUGCAAAAUCAAGACGACAGUAGUAAGAAAUCCCAGUUUGAGAAGAAAGAAGAGGAAACUGCAUUUGUCUGGAACCAAGACCCUCCUUUCCGGCCUAGGCACCAACAAUACUCCACCUACUCACCCCAUUACCCAUACCAGUCACACCCUCGACCUGUCUAUUCUACUGUCAUUAAUCACCCCCGUCCUCGACCAAAUUACCUAAACACACCACCAGCACCAUUUCACAUAUCUCCACCUAACUCUCAAACUAGCUCUCGCCCUCCUUAUAAUUCUGGACCUGCCCCACCAAACAAACAGACCUACAACCAUCCUCGAACCCAUGAAAUACAAAAUCCCGGCCGAUCUCGAACUUUUACCAACUUAGGCAGGCCCAUCGAUCAACUGUACGAACAGCUCAAGGCCGCUGGUAAGAUAGAUGACAUACCUCCUCCAAAAUACCCUCGUCGAGGCUUCUCUGCUGGGUACGACCCUCAAGCCGCUUGUGCUUACCAUUCUGGAGCGCCCGGUCAUUCAACUGGUAACUGUUGGGUACUGAAGCAUAAGAUUCAGGACAUGAUCGAAGCAGGAGAUAUAGUGUUAAGGAAAAGGGAAGAACAAGAACCGAGUAUAAGUACGAGUCCCUUUCCCGAGCACAAGAACACCUUUGAGGCGUUUACCCCCCAAUGA